UUGGGCAUGGAAGAGAGUGCAGGUUGUGAUCUUCUCCGUCGCGCGCUCUGCUAAUUCGUACUCCUGCGAACGAUGGUCUUUCACAUGGCCAAGAGUUUCCAUCACGCGACGAUUAACAAGAGGCGUUAAGCAUGAUACACUUCAUCCACCUCCGUUUUCUCCGGGCAUAACAUGGUGUCUGCUGAGGCUUCACAUUUCUGUAGUAGCUCUUCUAUGGCCAAGUUCAGCUCAAGAAACAAAUCCUCUGGCUGUUUUUCCGAUGGUUGCCUCUUCCUCGGGGGAGCAUUUUCCGCUCUUCUCCUGGUUUGGGGUUUCUGGUCAUUCAUAGCCCCAAUCCCUCCUUCAAACGCCAAUUUUGAGUCCGUCGCCACUAAACUGAAAUCAUUCAAAUUCCCAGGAACUGUCUCCGGCGGUACGAAUUGCGCCCCCUCCACUCAUGGCCCCGAUCUCCGAGACGAACCGCCGGAGAAAACGUUCUACGAUGACCCCGAAAUGGGCUACACGAUGGACAAACCGAUGAAGAACUGGGACGAGAAGCGAAAAGAGUGGCUGUCGCGUCACCCGUCGUUCGUGCCUGGAGCGCAGGAGAGGAUCCUCCUUGUGACGGGAUCUCAGCCGUCGCCUUGCCGGAAUCCCAUCGGCGACCACCUACUUCUGAGACUCUUCAAGAACAAAGUGGACUACAGUCGUCUCCACGGCUACGACAUCUUCUACAACGCCGCGCUGCUUCAUCCGAGAAUGAAAUCAUACUGGGCGAAGUACCCGGUGGUGAAGGCUGCCAUGUUGGCCCACCCGGAGGCCGAGUGGAUCUGGUGGGUCGACUCGGACGCGUUGUUCACCGACAUGGACUUCAAGCUCCCGCUGCAUCGUUACAAGGAUCACAACCUCAUCGUUCACGGGUGGACCCAUCUAAUUCACGAAAAAAGAAGCUGGACGGGCCUGAACGCCGGCGUGUUCUUAAUCAGAAACUGUCAGUGGUCGUUGGACCUCAUGGAGGCGUGGGCCAGCAUGGGCCCACAAACGCCAGAGUACGAACAGUGGGGCAAAACCCUCAGAGCCACCUUCAAGGACAAGGAGUUCCCGGAGUCAGACGAUCAGACGGGCCUCGCUUACUUGAUCGCAGAAGAGAAAGAGAAAUGGGCGGACAAGAUUUAUCUGGAAGCCGAGUAUUACUUCGAGGGUUACUGGGAGGAACUAGCAGAGCAGUACGAGAAUAUUACGGAGCGAUACAGUGAACUGGAGAGGGAGGACGAGAGGCUACGAAGGAGGCACGCCGAGAAGGUGAGUGAGAGUUACGGCGCGGUGAGGGAACCGUACCUAAAGGAGGCAGGGAACGGCAGAGGAAGUUGGCGGAGGCCGUUUAUCACGCACUUCACGGGUUGCCAACCUUGCAGCGGAAAUUACAAUCAUAGGUAUACGGCAGAUAUGUGUUGGGGCAAAAUGGUGAAGGCUCUGAAUUUUGCUGAUAAUCAGGUGAUGCGUAACUACGGUUAUGUGCAUCCGGAUCUACAGGAUAAUUCUGUUGCCUCAAUCCCUUUCGAUUACCCUGCAGUGCAGGAGAGAACCUGAGUUAGGUAAUUAAUAAAUUACAAGUUAAUUACACUUAUUUAAUGAGAUCCAAUUAUGGAUGACCAAUGCACACUGAGAUUCUGUGUAUAUUUUAUGUUUAUGGUCAUGAUGGGUUGGUGCAUGUGGAAGUGAUUGGUGGGGGGAAGUGAUUAAUUAAUGCAUAAUCGGAUGUCCCGAAGGGACAUUUAAUUAAUGCAUAAUGAAGCGGUAUAUGAUGAUAUUAUUCUGGUUCUGGAUCCCUAGAAAAUGUAGAAUGUUGGUUUGGUGGUUGUACCUUUUGUUCUUCAAUAGUCAUUUUUUUUACUGGAUCAUGUUUA